GGUUGUUCUACUUGAACCAGAACUGAAGUAAUUUGUGCCUGAGUUACGCCUAGUUCAGGAAUGUAUCAGAAUAUUGUGCAAUGUAAAGCAUUUUCUAUAAAACAAGAAGAAACAUAAGUUAAAAAUAGACAUCCUUACCAAAUAUAGAGAAUAAAGAAAUCGCCAGAAGCAGAAGUAAUGUUUCUAACAAUAAAGAGAAAGAAAAGGCAAACCCACUCAAAAUCAGACCAGCUCGGCUUUUUAAGAAGAAAACUGACUGCUUGAGACUUAAUGAUCGUGUGCCAGACUUAGUUGGGAAAGAGCUUACUGUUGCUGAAAUUUCAGAAAAAUGUAAAAAUAUUCUAAUUUGUUCAAUGUCGCAUGAACUCAGAAGUCCUGUAAAUCAUAUAAAUGGUAUUUUAGAUAUUCUGAAAAGCUAUAUUGAUGAUGAGAAAUGCCUUAAGUUUAUUAACAUUGCUAUGAGUUCAACAGAAAUGCUAAUGAGUAAGAUAAGCGAUAUUCUUGAUUUCUCUUUAUUGGAAACAAAUACAUGAGAGCUAAACCCGAUCGCAUUUAACAUCAGAAACAUGUUACUCCAUAUCGAGGAUAUCUUGAACCUUCAAUUUGAUCACAAAAUGAUAGUAUUCAAUACUUAUGUUCAUGAAAGAGUUCCGACAUUAGUGUAUUAUGACUACAAAAGACUCAAGCAGAUUCUGAUCAACCUUACUUACAAUGCUUUGAAAUAUACGAAGAAAGGAUUUGUGUCAGUUACCAUUGACUGCAAGCCUAUAGAGGGUAAACAACUUUCGUUUACUUCAAAAUUAUCAAAGGGAGAAAAUCAGUGAGAACUUAUUUUCUCAGUAGCCGAUUCUGGCUGUGGAAUAGAGAAAAAGAAGAAAAACCAAUUCCAACUGUUCUCAAGUCUCAACAUCAAAAACACCGACAUCAAGAACCAUUCAGAUAUGAUCAAGUCAAGUGAUUUAAUGGGAAUUGGACUAGCUUUUUGUCACAAGAUGCUAAAAAAAAUGGAUUCUGAGCUUCAGCUCUCUUCCAUAAAGAACAUUGGAUCAACUUUCUCAUUCAGAUUAAUUGCAAACUACCAAAAUUAUAGUGAAGACCCAAGAAGCGCUAGAGAAAUGCUAUCAGAUAAGAUGAUCCCUCAUAAAAUAUCCGAGAAGGGAACUCCUCAGAACAACUAUGGUCCAACAUUGAAUGUAGGCCCAUUCCCUUCUUUGUAUCAAAAUAGCUCCACUCUUAAAACAAAGAGAUCUUCUUCUGUUUUUCAAAAUGAGCUUCUUUCGAAUUCAAAGUUGAUUUGUCAAAGGAUGACUCUAAAACCAAUUGAUGAACAGAUUGAAAACCAAGCCAGAAGCUGUCUGAAAGAUAGAAGAAGAAAAGGGAAUCUUCAUAUUGAAAAUAACAGCCAAACUGCAGGUCAUGAAGUACAGUGCAUUCCGGAUCAGUUCAAGUUUUGCCAGAUAAACAGUCCAGGAUGGUACCUCAAGAAUAUAGUUAACUGUAACGAGAGUAUAAAAGACUUCAAUCAGAAAGUCAGCAUUUUUGAUAAACAGCAACAUUUUAAUGAAAGAAAGGAAUCUUUUAAUAUUUCAGAAGCUUUCUUAGAUGAAAAGUUCUCUUUUCCAUCUAAAAUUAAUCCAAUCCCAACAUUUUUGAAUUCAGUUAGAGAAGGCAGAUCUCACAAUAAUGAAUAUGAUGCCAAAUUCUUCUCAAAUAGGAUGCCUUUAGAAUCAAGUGUUGAACUAGAAAGAACGCCAAAUAGAGCAAUGAUCGAAGAAAGCAAAGAGAUAGAGAUAAACCAACUUGAAUUAAGAAGUAAAUCUUCAGAACCAGAUAAAUCUCCACAGAACUUUAACCCUUCAAAGUUCAGAAGAGGUACCAAAUAUCUAAGCUGAAUGUCCUCAGGGACUGUUUUGGGUAUAAAAACACCAAAGAAUAGGAAUAAUGAUGCAAUGAAUCCUAAAAUAAUCAGGAGGCACCCACUAAAGUCAAUUAAAAGCGCUUUUAAGAAAAGCGGAGAUGAUCGUAGUUCUCAUUACUCUAAGAAUAUCAGACAUAUGCAUUCGAAUCAACUUUACAGCGACACAGAGAAAAUUUCAAAGUUAAUUCAUACAGAAUGAGGUUGCCCACAGAUAUUAGUUGUCGAUGACCAGAUCAUCAAUAGAAUGAUUUUAGGCGAAUUCGGCUUACGCUUCGGUGUAAUCUCGGAUGAAGCUGAAAAUGGGCAAAUUGCAGUGCAAAUGUAUAGCAAAAGUUGUCAAAGAAAAUGCUGUGGUCCAUACAAAAUAAUCCUCAUGGACCUUAACAUGCCAGUGAUGGAUGGCAUUAGAGCUACUUCUAAAAUCAUGACUGUAAAAACAGUCUGACAAAAGCCAAAAGUUAUUGCAGUAAGUGCCUUCUGCUCCAAGGAGGAAAUGGAGAAGUGUGAUAAAGUUGGAAUGUGAGAUUUUAAGCCUAAGCCUAUUGACUCUGAAUGCUACAAAGAUCUUCUUAUUGAGCAUCUGUCAAAAGCACAGGUUAUUAAAAGAGAAAUUUAA